ACGUCAUGGAACUUCGUAAAACUCGACGGAAUUCAAUUCAACCGAACACACCCGUAAGCUCUGUUUGCUUCCUCGUGAAAAAAGAAAAAAAAAAAAAGUGCAAUUCUUGAAUGUAGAAAAGUCCACGGUCUGCCCGAUAAAAAGGUUAUGGAUUUGGACAUGGAAAGAAAGAUUCAAUCUUUGUAACCGAGAGAUGGAGAGUAACACAAAUAACAAUAAGAGAAGCGAAAUCGGGAAGCCGAUGGUUGGAUUGAUAUGCGGUACGUUGGUGUACUAUCACUGUGCGUAUCGGAAUGCCAGCCUUCUCUCUUUGGUUUCCGAUGUUCUCAUCGUCCUCCUCUGCUCCCUCGCCAUUCUCGGUCUGCUCUUCCGACAGAUGAACAUCUCGGUUCCGGUUGAUCCACUUGAGUGGCAGAUCUCUCAGGACACUGCUAACAGCAUCGUCGCAUGGUUUGCUAAUACAAUAGGGGCGGCUGAGUCUGUCUUGAGGGUUGCUGCAACUGGGCAUGACAAGAGGCUAUUCUUCAAGGUUGCCAUUUGUCUGUAUAUUCUAUCAGCUUUGGGACGAUUGGUCUCAGGUUUUACUGUUGCUUAUGCUGGUCAGUUGGACCUUUCUACACUGAUUUAUGGCCAAAUGACUAAACAUUGUUCAUUUGGUCAUUUUGCCCAGGCAGACUGCAGGUCACCGGGAUUAGGACAAGCUUUUGGUCCACUUAGUUUGGUUUGGUUUUAUUGGCAUGGUUUCUUCACCAAAGUUGUGCCAUUAUGUGUCUAGUUUCAUGUCCAAUUGGCUUUGCACCAAUUGAACCUCUAUAAUUCAAGUUAUGGCUGCCUAAACCUGCUGGAUUCAAGUCCAAUUCUGCAGGUCACUCCAAUUCUGUAGGUCACUCUAAUGGCAGCCACACCAAACUCAAAUCCCAUCACUCAACACACUUCAUUUUUUAUUUAAAUAGAACUAAAUGGUCACUGAUUGACCAUUAAUACCUAUUUUCAUCAUCACAUGGUCAAAGUCUCAUUUUUUCGCCCCAAACCCUAACUCACACAUUACCAUUCAUACAUUUACAUACCUUCCAUUGUCCUAAGUAUUGUAUUAAUGUUAAAGGCAGCCAAAUUACAAUUUAACUCUAAGAAAUCUUCAAAACUCUACUAGGUUCAAGGCUGCCCAAAAUUUUGGGAUGGACAUACACAAGAUAUUUAGCAAAUUUUUUUACAAUUUUGCACUCAAUUAUACUUAUUCAACAUCAAUUUGAAGAGAAACAUAAGUUUAAGUCACUAACCUCAUAGGGAGCUAAUCCAAAGCUUGUAAGAACUCUUUCUUUUUAAUUCCUUUUGCCCCCAAAAAACUCACCAAGAUGAUAGAACAAUUUUUUGUUUUGCUAGGUUAGGGUUUUAUGGUGUGAAAGUUAGGGAAAAUCAAGCUUUGAAAGCUUGUUUAUGGUGGCCAUGGAGGAGUGGUUUACGGCAAGGAAAAGAAGAAGGGAGAGGAAGUCUGAUUUUUUGUUCAUUUUCCAUCUCAUUUGUCUCUUUUAAGUAAGCUUAUGCCAUGUGUCAACUUUGGGUUGGUUGGGAGAAUCUUAAUGACAUCGUUAUGAUGUCAUAAGUCUAUUUUCUUUCAUUUUCUCUUCAUUUCUUGUCUAAUUAAUUUCAAUUAAAUUUUUAACAACAUUUAAUCAUAUUUUAUGUUAUAUAAAUUAUUUAUUUAACUGGACAAGUUGGUCAAAAAUCAUCUCUAAAGACGAAAUGACCAAAAUGCUCUCCGUUUGGUUUAACGGGCCAAUAUUGUCUGUACCAAUUGAAAAAAUUUUCUAAGCAUUUCCUUGGCAUUCUAAUGCCAUAAGAACCUCAAUAACACUUCUCUGGAGUCCCAAUAAUUAUUUUAUAAUUUUUUCCCCGGGUCUAGGGCUCCUAGUUGCGAGAACCGCAACUUCUCACUAGAUUACUCAUCGCUAGGGCACCGGCUCAUUUAACUUGGUUGUAUUUUAUUUCUAAAAUUUUUCCUAAAUUUUCCUUAUUAAUAUUUGAGUUAAUUAUAGUUCAUCACUUUAGUUUAAAUAUUUUUUCGGACAUUCUAACUGUCCGGACCGACACUGAUCACCGGAACAGUAGACUGUACGGACUAACUAAAGUGAGUAUGUUACAGUCUGGCUUUUAUGCAUGUAAUUAAUUUGUAUUGCUGUCUUUUUUUAAUAAAAUGCAUAAUACUCAGAACAGCCAUUGCUAUAUGAUCUAUAACAUGCAGCUGACCUGUUCAAUUUUUUUAUUUUUC